UUCUCCUUAGGCUGAUGUCUAAUGUCACAUGCACUCAGUCUGUCAGACUCACGCUGCCUUUGCUCUCUACACUGUAGUUAGUAGGAGCCAGUGUGUGCGCGUUAUAAAGUGAGGGAGUGGCGCUCUGGUUAACACUGAGGGAGAGACUCCUCGCGCAGACAGCAGCACGGCAGCGCCCAGGAUAACACGAUUAGCGCUCUAUUAGUCUGCUGGUGAGCACAACACACGGACCUGUGAGUGCGCCUGUGGACAGAAGCGACAGUGACUAAAGGAAAACGCUCCAUGGAUUGUGUCCCUGUUAUUCUGAACUGCGUAAAGUAGUUGCGCACCGGGCAUUUUUGAUUAUAAUUUUUUGCAGCCGUGCGUCUUGUUCCAGAUGAUGCCACAGGCUCUUCACUGAUACAAUGAGAAUAUUCAUCAUGAAAGAGAAAAAGCUCGAGAGGAGUCGUUACUUUCCAUUUCCGUGGUUUCGAAGCCCCACUGUGAGGCACUAGAUCUCUGCCCUGACCGGAGGGUUUUGUGUAUCCUCGUGUGAACUCACAUCUGGCUCCAUGGGGUUUGACAAUGACACCAACGGGACUGUGUCCUGGGCGCCGUUCAGCGUGCAGACGUCCGUUCUGCUGACGGUCCUGGUGAGCUUCAUGAUCCUUCUCAUAGUGUUUGGAAACGUGCUGGUGGUGAUAGCAGUGUUCACCAGCCGAGCCCUCAGGGCUCCUCAGAACCUGUUCCUGGUGUCCCUGGCCUCUGCAGACAUCUUAGUGGCCACACUGGUCAUGCCCUUCUCACUGGCCAAUGAGCUGAUGGGAUACUGGUACUUUGGGGAGAUCUGGUGUGAGAUUUACCUUGCACUUGAUGUUCUGUUCUGCACUGCCUCCAUUGCUCACCUCUGCGCCAUUAGCCUGGACCGUUACUGGUCCAUCACCCAAGCCAUUGAGUACAACCUUAAGAGGACCCCUCGCCGCAUUAAGUGCAUCAUCUUCAUCGUGUGGGUGAUUGCAGCUGUGAUCUCAUUUCCUCCCCUGAUCACCAUGAAGAAGGAGAAGAAUAAAGAACAUCCAGUGUGCACCAUCAACGAUGACGAGUGGUACGUUAUCUCCUCCUGCAUUGGCUCCUUCUUCCUGCCCUGCAUCAUCAUGGUCCUGGUCUAUAUCCGAAUAUACCAAAUCGCCAAAAAGAGAACGCGGGCCCCCACUGGAGACAGGAUACCAAAGGCAAACGCAGUGGACCACAAGCACAAUGGUUUGGAUGGAGACAAAGAGGAGGACAUCAAGCUGAACGGGGAACGGGACAUUGAGCUGAAGGAGCAAGGAGGAGAAGGCGAUGGGGUCAAAGGUGAAGCCAAUGGAGUGGACAUUGAAGACUCCUCAUCUUCUGAUCAUAAAGUGAACAACCCCUGCUCCAUCAAGAAGAAGAGCCACAAAGGCAAAACCAAGCUGUGCCAAAUCAAACCAGGAGACAACGAGGUGCCCAAACAUGUUCAAAGCACCAAGGGGAGCCGGUGGAAAGGCCGCCAAAACCGUGAGAAACGCUUCACUUUUGUCCUGGCAGUAGUCAUAGGGGUCUUUGUUAUUUGUUGGUUUCCAUUUUUCUUUACGUACAUGCUCCAGACGAUUUGUGUGUCCUGCUAUGUGCCACUGACUCUGUUCAAAUUCUUCUUUUGGUUCGGCUAUUGCAAUAGUGCACUGAAUCCUAUCAUCUACACUAUCUUUAACAAUGACUUCAGGAGGGCCUUUAAAAAGAUACUAUGUAAGAGAGAUUCCAGAAGAUAUGCCUAGAAGCUUAUUGGACUCUAUGGGACUACAUUAUUGUACAUAAAGUGUAAAGGAAACGCAUGGACAUUCACUUUUCACAAGCCACCGCAGAAACGCCACAGAGAAUUUCUUUAAGUGUAAAUACUAUUUUUUAUUUUUUUACAACUGAAAGUGUAAAUAUAUGUAUUGUAGAUUUAUUUUUGUUGCCAUGGAUACAGUACAGUGCCAUACGAAGUGACAGUUGAAUGUGGGUUUCGGUGGUAUUGACUCUCCAAGCAAAGCAAGUAUCGAUUAAGGCCAGCAUAACAUUACAUAGUGAUUGUAACCUUCACUCGGCCAUACGUACUUGCUGUGAUAACUUUAUAAAUGGGCUUUUGUGGCCCCAAAAAUCAUAAGCUUUUUAUUUGAAAUGUGAGUCAAUCCAUUGUAGCUCCAAGACAUAAGUCCAUAAUAAUCAAAGGCAAUGUUAACGGUUCAUUUGCUGUUUUGUGUUACCAAAUGUGUCACACAGUAAAGAGUGGAGCCUGUCAAACCAGAACUUGAUAGACUGGUCUCUCUGUAUCAAUAUUUUGUUUUAUUUUAUUCCAAAAUCAGAAAAGUCAGAUUAUUAAGGGUAAAUACAGAACGGGAUAGAGAGGAGGUGGGUGUUUUUCUCGUGGGGGCUGGAGUUUGCUGGGUCACUCCUCAAGGCUCUCUGAGGAAGCCAAAUUGAUCUUUCGGGAGAUGCCCAGUUCGGAGCCUGCUGCGUUUGUUUGCUGCUUAGAGCAGUGAUUCUCGGCACGUUUACCAAAGUGUAAGUCUGUGAGAACGAGGGGCCGCGUGUGGGAGAGUGUGUGAGAGUGUGUGAGCGUGUCAGCUGCUCAUGUAAAUACACAGUGCAGAGAUCCCACAGGACAAUACAGGCCAGUCAUCUUAGGCCAUUGCUCUGCUACUGUAGAUUUAAAGAAUGAAUUCAAGUCCUAUAUGAUGAAGACUCAGAUGAAGGAUUAGCAUUAAAAAAUAAUUAUUAAUAGUCUAUUUAUUGUUUUAAAAAUGGGCUGAAAUAAAAUAAGGAUACAUAUUGUUUAAUUUAAUUUGUAAAAUAGGCAUAUUGAAAUUUUGUGUUGCAAUUUUCAUGGCCAAAAUAAUUGUGAUUAAAAAUAAUAUUGGGAUAAUUAUUAUAAAAUAGCUGGGAAAAAAUAUGGACAUUUACUCAAAUGACAAUAUGGGCCAGUUAAAAAUACAUUAAAAUGUUCUUAUUAUGAGUGCAUUUUAUUAAAUAAUUGUACUUUAAGUUAAGACACUAAUGAUCUAUAAGUGAACAUCAUGUAGCAAGUAUUUAUAUUAAAAGUCAAUAUAAGUGUUGUUUCCACAAUAUCAUAAUGUCUGAAUCUAGGACUAGUUCAUAAAGCGUUUGUCAGUGGCGUGGGCCCCUAUUUACAGUAGGCAACAUUAAAACACUAACUGCGUUCUGUGGACUUAUGUUUUGGUCUGCCUCUGUCUUGCAUAAUCAAAAGUAACUCACCUGAACUUAUUCAUUCAGAAACUAUAAUAAUUAGAGAAUGAAUCAAGGACACUGCCAGGGUUAAAUGUGUAAACAGGAAGCUAACGUCACGUCUGUUGAAGUAAGGCACCUGUUGAAUGUAUGUUUGCAUGUCUGUGCUAGCUGCUGUCAGUGCCAGUAUGUUUCCAGCUCCUCUUGUAGGCACACUGUUAAUUAGCCGCUGCUUUUUAGCUAUAGUCAAUAUUCAGCUGGCACAACUCAAAGCACAACACUAUCAAUAACGGAAGUAAGUAGAGGAAAACUGUCUGAAUGUGAUGAAGUAUUGAGAUGCUAAUUACUCAGUGAAAUUACUUUUAUUUGUGCUAUAAACAAAUCUGUAUAAUACACAAGAAAGCAAUGAGCAUCAUCAAACCGGCCUCAAAAGACUGUUUGAAGCUGCCAUACAUAAAAUGAUGGUUUGUCAUCAGUGCUCCAUAAUCUCUAUCAAUAUCCUCUUAGUUUAAAGAUGCACUGUGUAACUUCUCUGAUGGGUGAUUUGGCAUCUUCUUGAGUGCUUUGCCUGGAAUGUGUGUAAAUGUGUACAUAUAUAUACACACACAGACACAAAACACACACACACAUAACCACAGGAGAGCUCCACUCCCCUGGACGGGCAGGCGGCUGAUGUGUCCAGGACUAACGCACAUCCAUUUGCAGAAACAUUCAAAUCUGUAAAAAGACCAGAGCCCAUUCAAAUCAAUUAAAAAUCACUUCUCCACUGAUCUGUAAUGUAACCUGUAAAAUUCCAGGCAAUGCAAUAACAUCUCCAUAGAAACAAGCAGGUGGCUCCAGAAAAGUUACAUAGUGCUCUUUAUCACUGACAUCAGAUCUGAUUGAACUGGACUAUAGUUUUCACAAUUGUAUCUUUAAAUGUGAAACCAAGAAACACACUGAUUGUACUGAGGUUAAGCUUUACCCAAAAUAAACACUGUGUCCCUCAAAGAAAUACAAUGAGGAGGUAGGCAUGUCCCCAACUUUAGCUAAGAGAAUGAAACAACAGUGAGAUUAAGUGUGACUUGCAAAAUUUAUUAGCAUAUUUUACCUGGAAAGAGACGAUACACUUCACUUUGUGUCAACAGCGACUUGCACACAUUAUACAGGCAUUUACUCCCACUGUUUGCACCUGCAUAUCACAGCAAUAACAAACAGCCAAAUUAUCAGGACUUUGACUGUGACUUGUUCAUGUAAGAUUCAUGACUCCAUGUUUUUUUUGCCAGCCUACAAGUACAAAUUGUGUAAAUAUUUAAUAGUCAGUGCAAGUCAAAAGGACCAGCCAAGAUGGUGAGCUGGCAAAACAAUAAUGAAUGCAUAAUGACAAGGCAACACACGCACAAACAUUCACACAUAAACAAAACAAAAUCUAAUACAUUAAACUAUGAAUAAACUAUUCUAUUUGCAUGUUGAAUAGGACUGGAUAAGGUUUGUUCUAAUUUGUAAUUUAAAAAAACAUGAAAUUCCACAUAGAAAUGAUUCUUUGGCAGAGAGGGACGAUGUGCUCCUGUGUUGGUAAUGUGUUUUUUUUUUUUUGAAGAGCAGGUGAGUCACUCCCAGCCUCAUACUCUUCACAACUCACAUCUGACAAUACGGACUCUCACUCCCACGAAUUCAGACAGAUCAUAACAGUUUAUUUGUUUCACCAAAGAAAGUACUUCUGUGUAUUUGUGUGGGUAAACAACAUAUCUUAAUGAGUUAUUAUUGGACUGGCAAGGGGAAGAUCAGCUUUGCUUCUGUUCUGGUCAUAGUUGAAUCCCCAUCAAAACUCACAAAAGGUUUAGUUCAUCACAGCGAGGCUUUGUUUAUUGGCCCAUACACCAUGUACAAAACACAUAAAUGGAUUUGAAAACUUCACACAAUGUUCCUGAAGCUUGGUUUAGUAAGUGUUGCGUUACAUGUGUACUUCUGCAUUAUAUAUAGCAGACAAAUAGGCGGAUGUGCUGCCUGGUGACAGCCCUUUGGAAGAAGCCAGCUGUUUGAGUCGGCAGGCCCUCUUCCUCUUCUUUCACAGACACUCUGCACUUAGCCUUUGGGAAUCAGAGCAUGGUUCAUCAGGUUAGAGUGCACAUCCGUCUCCAAAAGGCUAAAGCAUGGCAGCAAGGAACACUCACUAUUCAAAAAGACAUGGACAAAAUGCCAAAGAGAAGUCAGUGUAAGCAUGCACAGCUACAUCAAAAUAUUCUAAAAUUGAAAUUACUUUUUUCUUGUUUUGAGCGGGGUCACCGUAGCAAAUUCUCAACAGGACAACAGGCCAAUCAAACCUCUUGCUAAUGUUAAUGGGAAAUAAAGUGCUUCAUAGGUCUGUUAUUAAUGUUUGCAUCUUGAUUUAUGGACAUAAUAGCCAAAUAAAAACACCAGAAUCAUGGAGCAUGGAUGAAUACUUUUUUUUAAAACCAAAAUGACGAGCCUGACAGCAGCAGUAACGGAGAGAAGGGCGACAUUUUUUCAAUAGAAGGUGAAUUGGAGCCAGAGUCACUGGGGCUGAAGCGUGCCCAUGCUCACUGUAAAUGUGAAGGAAGAGAUUGCAGACCAGAUAGAGAGUUGAAAGAAGUUUAUCUGAUCAGAUGAAUGAAGUUACAGACAGCAGGCACAUGCAUUGUGUUUCAGGGGAGUUUUCCAGUACUUAAACACAAGGUUUAAGAGUAAAGUAAAAAUCAUGCUUUCACUCACUUCCUGUUUGGAACGGCUAGCAUAGCAGGUUAGCUAUGUCCGUUUACAUAUACAGUCUAUGGUUUCAACCCAGCUCUGACUUUGAGUACGCUAUACAUUUGCAGAUUAAUGUCAAAAUAAACAAUGUCAAAGUAAA